GGAGGACAGUAGGCACCAUUUUGGGAAACUAUGGGCUGGAGGAUAAGUUAUUAAAUAUUAUUUAUAUACUGUUUCAGACCAAAAUAUCACGACUAGUAUUUCUCUUCAAAACAAUAUUAAAAAAGAAAAACAUAGAAAGAUUUUGGAUUAAAGAUAUGUCCGACAUACGGGGAUCAGAUUUAAAAUCUGUAACUGUUGAGUUUCAUACUGCAAAUGAAGCUCGAAAAGCACUAAAAGUGUUUAAUAAAUUUGAGUAUAGGAAUGGCAAGGACUUGUAUCUGAUAAAUGCAUAUUUGGAACUUGGACAACCAAGAAGGAGGUCUCCAAGCCCGUAUCAUUAUGGGCAAGAUCGCUUUGAUAGUUACUCAAGAGGUAGAUCACGCAGCCCUCAUUAUGAAACUUCUAAACUUGAUUUAGAAAUAGAGUUGCUGAGAAAGCAAAGGUUGAUAGUAGAAGAGGAAAGAAGGCUACUAUUUGAGAAGAAGAAGUUGGAGUUGGUAAAGGAGUUUGGCCCAAGCGCCUUACAAGAAUUCGAAUCUUCGGAAUUCUCUCGCUCGAGACCCCGAGACUACAGACCCCGUGAACCUUCUCCAUUUCGGUCUCGGCCGAAUAAACGUUCGAGGCCUAAUAGACCGAAAACUCCACCACAAAGAAGAAUGCCGACACUGUCCAAGAAACUACCAAACUUUCUUUGGCCAUGCAAACUUAUACUAACGGACAUGAAAGAUCUAAUCUUUGCAUCAGGCUUGGAAUCUAUGAGAGAAAUCUCUAUACUUGACAAAAUGAUUCGAAUCACUAUACGCAAGAGAUUGGUUGUCCUUUGUGAAAAUAAGCCGAUUAUGUCAGCCACAGAAGUAGCGGCGUUAUACCGGGCACGUUACCCAAAAACCACAGAUGAAACGCUUGUGGCUAAGCAUUUAAAAGACCUUAGAGGUUCCCAUAUGUCUAUAGAUGAUGGGGAAAUAGGUAAGGUCACCAAAAAGGAUAACACAAAACAACCAGGGAGAAGAGCAAAUGAAGAAAAGGUGGAAAAGAAAAGUGGAGAAAAGAUAAAUGAAGGGGAGAAAACAAUUAAAAUUGAAGGUCCAAAUGAAGUGGAGCAAGACAAAACAGAAAAACAAAGUGAAGUCCACAAUGUAACAGAUACUACAGACUUAACAGGAACUGCAUUUGAAGUAAAGGAGAUAAAACUUGAAACUACAGAUAUUACAGGAGCAGUUUCUAAUACAGAUAUAAAUAUCCCUAAAAAGGAACUGGUGAUUAAGGAAGAAACUAUACAUACAGAGGAAGUAAUUCCAAAUAAAAAGAAAAUUAUACCAAAAGAGAAAGAAAUUCUUAAUGAAGAUGAAGUAAUUCCAAAUAACGAGAAAGUCAUGCUUGACAAAGUAAUCUCAAAUGAAAAGGAACAAAAUGAAGCUAACAUUGAAAAUAUGGAAGAAAAGAGUGUGAAUUUGGAUGAUUUGAUUGGAUCGGAUUCCAAUGGAAUAGUUAUGGACGAGGCAAAUAUGGACGAUUGGACCGAAGGCGACGGAGAAGAAUGGAAGUAGGUACUAACCGGGUAUAAGCAGUUGCUAUAAAAUGCAAACUAAGAGAAGUAGAGAGAAGUCAGAAAUUCAAACAGUUUAUUUAAUAACCAACUUGUGUUUUACCAAUCAUAUAUUAUAAGCUUAUUGUAAUAUACUUAGUUAUUGUAAUAGACUUAGGCCUAAUGUCCACAUAAAUUGCACGUCAUACGCACACUAUCGUCAUUUUACGCUUGCGUGCUGCAUGCUUGCAUCUUGCGUAGAAACGAACGAAACUGUGUCCACUGGAGCCCCAACGCCGCAUUUGAGUUUGUCACGAAGUUCGUGCGGCAGCAUAUCACUACCCGAGCGUAUUACUAGACGCAGACGUGUUUAUUCCGCAAAAUGGCGGCAUGAGCGGGUAAUUUUGUUCGUAUUACUGAACAAUAUGUGGACAGAACUAAGAUGCAAAAUACGCCUGUCGUCAUUUGUAGCUUUCAUGCAUUCGGCAAAUGACGUUGCCGUGGACUUAAGCCUAAGUUAUAGUUAUUUUGAAGCAACACACUUGACGGACGUAAGACCUAGCUACCCAUAGUACAGAGAUCCUAGUUUGGGAGCUAGGCACAUCUGUACCUAUUUUUCUGUGUUUGGCAAAAAUAUUUUUAUAUCAGUAGGUAGUAACUUUACAUAUUACAAACAUCCAACUGGUUCUUAGUUCUUGUUCUGGUACUUGUACUGGUUCUUACUGACACUGCCGAAUCAUUGCCAAUAGAAAACUUAUGGCGAUCACGCCAUAAUAUAAUUUUUAUAUUAUUAUAAAAUUGACGCUGGCACAAGCCUAGUGGUCGCCACAAAGAAAAUAAACAAAAAAUGUAUAACUCUAUUU